AUGUGUGGGCGGUACUCCCUGGGAGUGCGAAUGGCUUUUGUCCGAUGGCGCAUGCAAGAACAAGGAAUGCCAGUCGACGAAGCGCCUGAAGACGACGAGAUCCGCGAAACACACAACUUUGCGCCUGGCUACUACGGCGCAGUCUAUCGCGCAGAUACGCCUGACUAUAGCCACGACGAACAAUCGCAGAAUGACGAGGGAGAGGGCACAACAUCAAUAACAACAACAGACUCAAAAGAAGAUCCUACGAAGAAGAAGACAAGGUAUAAACUCCAAAAAAUGCGCUGGGGUCUUAUCCCUUUCUGGACAAAACGACAACCGGACUACGGCUCCAUGAUGCGCACAAUCAACUGCCGCGACGACUCCCUCGCCGAGAACAAGGGGAUGUGGACAUCCAUGAAACGGAAAAAGCGCUGCAUAAUAAUCUGCCAGGGGUUCUAUGAAUGGCUAAAGAAGGGCCCCGGCGGAAAAGAGAGAGUGCCGCAUUACAUUAGACGCAAAGACGGGGAAUUAAUGUACCUAGCUGGGUUAUUUGAUUGUGUUCAGUAUGAAGGAUCCGAUGAAAAACUAUAUACAUAUACAAUCAUCACAACCGACUCGAACCCCUACCUCAAAUUCCUCCAUGACCGUAUGCCGGUCAUCCUCGACCCCGGCAGCGAGCAGAUGCAGAAAUGGCUUGAUCCGCAUCGAACGACAUGGACAAAGGAACUGCAGUCUAUCCUCAAACCAUACGAAGGGGAAUUAGAAUGUUAUCCUGUCUCGAAGGAAGUAGGCAAAGUUGGGAAUGAUUCGCCGGAUUUCUUGAUUCCGGUCAAUAGCAAGGAGAAUAAGAAUAAUAUUGCUAACUUUUUUGCUAAUGCUGGCGCGAAGAAGAAGGAGGUAGAGCAAAAGAAGGAAGUGAAGGAUGAGAGCAGAGAAACGAUCGAUGGCGAAUGGACAGAGGACAACGCACCCAAACCCGUUCCUCUGACUAAUGAACAAUCACCAAAGGAUCUCAAACGAAAAUUAUCUGCAGAUGAAAUAACAAGUCCACCUUCGACGAAAAGACAAAAGUCACUAUCACCAGUCAAAGAUGAAAAAGAAGAAGAGAAAGUCUUGCCGAGCAAUCGGAAGAUGAGAGACGCAACGAGAAACAAAACCGGCACAUCUCCGACAAAGCCCAAAAGCAGAGGCAAGAAUACUGCUACCACCGCCAAUAAAGGUUCGCAAAGGAUUACGGAUUUUUUCAAAAAGUGA